CUUCUUUCUUUUCUUUGUUCUUUCUCUCCUUUUAAUCUCUUUUUGAUUGAUUUCCCGUUUCUACUUCGUACCUCGGUUUCAUACACUGCAUUCCAAUGUAUAUAUAAUUCUAAUAUAGAGCAACAUGGACCCCUCGUCCGACCUCAUACCCGACACGCAAUAUCGCCUCGAGGUCCUUCAUCUCCCCUCCGAGGAUGCCGAAUCGGAACGCGACCAGCAGCUCGUCGACGAGGCCCGUCAACUGGGCCUCAAAGUCCCCGAGAUUGAGCUGGUCGCGUCCUUGACGGCGUCCAUCGCCUCGGGCAUGGUCGAUCUGUCGUCCUCGCCCAUCCUCUCGUCCGGUUCCUCCGCCGACCGUCAGUCCCUAGGCGACGCGACCGCAUCGCCCUCCCUCGACCAAGUCACCACGUCGCUGUUCGACUGCACACUCUCCUCCGAGCCCAUCCAGACGGGGAGUGCGCGCUCCACCGCCUCGCCGUCCACCCGUCCCACCUCCUACUCCUCCAGCGAAGGCCGCCCACCCCCAGACAAUCACCACCGCCACCUCCACCACCACUAUCCUCACCAUCACACGUCUGCCCUUCGACUCCCUGGCCACCGCGCAUCGGUCCAAAGUGCCGCCUCAAGCGACCGCGAACUCCGCAAAGAACGGCGCAAGUCCAGCCUCAAGUCCGCGAUCGGCAAGAUCCAUUUCCUGAAAAAGCGAUCGCCCUCGUCCGUGCUUUUACCGCCCGCCGCGCACAUCACCGUCACCAAGACCGACGAUGGCGGGGUCGACAAGGUCUACCUCGAAUCCAAACCCAACGAGAGCCAGGGCCAGGGCCAGGGCCCGGACGAGGAGAACCCCCACCACCCCGCCGAUGACAACCCGCAGGUGCUGCGACUCGAGAUCCCCGUCUUUGACCAGGAGUCCCUGCAGCGGAGUCAGACCAAUGUCGAGCUGCGACAGAUGCGCGACGCCCAGAAGCUCGAGCGGAGUCGUCAUCUGAUGUUCCACGACGCGGCCAUCCGUCGAUUGCGCGACCGCCACCAAGCGGCGGUGUCAGAUCAACUCGCGGAGCACAAACAAGCCGAGGAAGCGAAGCGGGAGCAGAACCUUACCGACGCCGCCCGCAUAGAAGAGCGCCAACUAUCCAUCGAAAUCGACCAAGAACGCGAAUUCGAACGCGCCAAGAUCAACUCCCGCACCCGCAUCAAAUACAUGGAAGGCUACUUCCGCACCUCCAGCCCUCCUCCAUCCACCACUACAACAACAACAUCCGAGCCCACCUCCCCCUCCCCAGAUCAAUCACCAGAACCAAUCCCCCGCAAAUUCACCCCCCAACACAAAGCCCAACUCGCCCAGGAAUACCACGCCCACUCCUCCAUGGACCAGCUCCACAACUCACGCAUCAAAGUCCUCCGCGACCGCCAAGAGCGCCGUCUUCAAGACGCCGUCGCCCGCAUGGACCGCGAGCUGGACGCCCUGAUCGACGCGCACGCCGUCGCCUUUGCCAACCUGCACCGCGCGCACCAGCAGGAGGAGAUGGCGCUCACGCGCGGGCUGGACGCGCGCAAGGCGCGGCUCCGCCAUCGCUGGAAUCUCGAGGAGGCGGUGCUGCGCCGGAGGUUGGAGGUCCAACAUGGGGAGGGGGUGUUGUUUGGACCGUUGCCGCUGUUGCUGUUCAAUGAUGGCUUGCACGGUGGUGGUAGUAGUGGGGAGAUGAGUCGCGAUUCGGCGAUUUGCGUGACUGAUGAGGAGAUGGUGUGAUCAUCUUCCCUUUUCCCCCCUUGUUUUUUUCACCUGCAUGGAUGAUUCCCUAUUCGCUUUGAGAUGGGGGUGUCUCCCUGUUUCAUUCUUAUGAUACCCUUCUUUCUUUCUUAUUCC